GUAUAGGAAUAUUGGCGCUACCUUUAGGAUUCAGAUAUGCAGGCUGGGUGAUUGGUUUAACAUUGUUUACGUUUUGUUUAUUCGUGACGAAUUAUACUGCAAAAAUAUUAGCAAAAUGUCUAAGUUUAAGAACAGGAAUGAAUACAUAUGCUGAUAUGGGAGCAGCAGCAUUUGGUGAAAAAUCAAGAUUUUACAUAUCAGCAUUGUUUUCACUGGAAUUGUUAGCUUCUUCAACAGCUUUAGUAAUAUUAUGUGGAGAUUCGUUACACGCACUGUUUCCAGAUACUUCAAUAGUUUAUCUAAAGAUUUGUGCUUGGGUGGUGAUGACUCCGUUGACUUUGAUUGCAAUUAGAUACUUAUCAUACUUUAGUUUGAUGGGUAUACUGAGUGCUAUCAUGUUAGUCAAUGUAUUAAUUAUCGAUGGUGUAAGUAAAGAUGAUAGACCUGGUAGUUUGGUUGUCCCGAUGGAAACUUCUUUAUGGCCUGACUGGAGUCAUUUACCAAUGAGCUUUGGUUUAAUAAUGGCCGGAUUUACAGGUCAUGCGGUAUUUCCAUCUGUAUAUAAAGAUAUGCAAAAUCCAAAACAAUACACUAAAAUGGUUAAUAUAACUUAUUCAGUUACUGCGCUUGUAUAUUUUCUAAUGGCUGUUUGUGGUUAUUUAAUGUUUGGUGAAUUGACUAUGCAAGAGAUUACACAAAAUUUAAUGUUAAUACCACAGUAUAACGGGCCACUUAACAAAUUCAUAAUAUGGAUGGUGAUUUUCAAUCCAUUAGCAAAAUAUGCAUUAACAUUGAAUCCAAUCAAUCUAACGUUGGAAAUCACUUAUUCUUCAUUUCCAAGAGUUGAAUCAUGGUGCAAUUCGGGACGUGGUAGACGUACAGCUCUAAGACUAUUUAGCAGAAUAAUGUUGAGUACAAUAGUAUUGUUUAUUGCUAUACAAUUCCCAGGCUUUGACAGGGUUAUGGGAAUACUGGGUAGUUUCUUCAGUUAUACCAUCAGCGCCAUAUUUCCUUGUGUGUGUCAUUUGAAACUGUUUGGUAGAAAAUUAAAAACCAAAUAUAAGGGUGUAGAACGUAGAUUGUAG